CAGGUAUCAAACUUCACUGCUGUUCUGAAUGUGGCAAAGAGUUUUCAGACAUGAGUAAUCUUCAGAGCCACCAACGAAUUCACACAGGAGAGAAAACGUACUGCUGUUCUGAAUGUGGUAAACAAUUCCCACGACGUAGUACUCUUCUGAGGCACAUUAAAACUCACUCAGGAGAGAAGCCAUAUUGCUGUUCUGAAUGUGGCAAGCAAUUUUCAAGAAGAAAUAACCUUUCGAUUCAUGAAAGAAUUCACACUGGAGAGAAGCCAUAUUGCUGCCCUGAAUGUGGAAAACAAUUCUCUUACAGUAGUAAUCUUCAGGUACACAUUAAAACUCACACAGGAGAGAAGCCAUACUGUUGUUCUGAAUGUGGUAAACAAUUCCUGCGAUGUAAUUCUCUUCUGAGGCACAUUAAAACUCACUCAGGAGAGAAGCCAUAUUGCUGUUCUGAAUGUGGCAAGCAAUUUUCACAAAGAAAUCACCUUUCAGUUCAUGAAAGAGUUCACACAGGAGAGAAGCCAUAUUGCUGUACUGAAUGUGGAAAACAAUUCUCUUACAGUAGUAAUCUUCAGGUACACAUUAAAACUCACACAGGAGAGAAGCCAUACGGUUGUUCUGAAUGUAGCAAAAAGUUUACACGGAGAAGCCAACUUCAGAUCCACCAAAGAAUUCACACAGGAUAGAAGCCAUAUCCCUGUUCUGAAUGUGGCAAACAGUUUUUACUAAGAAGCCACCUUUUGACUCACAAAGGAAUACACACUGGGGAGAAGCAGUUUGGCUGUAAUAAAUGUGGCAAACACUUUUUAAAAA